GAGGUCCACCGGUCCGACAUGGAUCCUCAGUGAGAAGAGCGAGCGCUCCGUCCAGGGGGUGUACACGCUGUGUGAGGUGUGAUGGCGCUGUGCUCUGAGGCCUGUGUCUCCGGAUCAGGAGGAGAAUCCUCCGGCAGUGAGGCGGGUUCUAGCUGUCUUCAGUUUGGAGUUCGUUCCUAUCUGCACCACUUCUAUGAGGAGUGCUCCUCCUCCAUGUGGGAGAGAGACCCGGAGGAUCGGGGGUUCGUCCAGAGUCAGAGAUCAGCCCUGUGGUGGAACUCAGCAGCCUGGAAGGUGUCCUUGGCCCUGGGUGUCCUGAUCCUGACUGCAGGUAUUGCCAGUCUGUCAGUGGGAUACUCCACUCCACAUAAAAUAGAGUCGUUCGGAGAUGGGGACCUAUUCUUCGUGGACAGCCAGGCUGUGAGCUUCAACAGAGGGCUGCACCUCAGCACCUCGGCCGGCAUCGGGCUCUCCUGUCUCGGCUCGGCCUUGGCUGCAAUGGGGGUUGUGGUCUGGGUCCUCCCCAGGGCCAACCUGAAAGAGAGGCUGUUCCACAGACCGGGGGAAGGGGAACGGAGAGGAGAGUCAAAGUGGAGGGGAUUUAGGGAUCCUAGAGAUGUGGUCACUAAGCCUCCAGGUACAGAGGAGGGGAAGAUACCCGUCACACUGUUGAAAGUGGAAAAUGUGCAACCUACUCCUUAAAAAAUCCUUGCUGAGCUACAUCAUGUACAGGCUUUAAUUCCAGUCCUGGGGCCUCAUUUACCAUGUUGUUAAGGAAACAUUUUAACAUGCAAACUGUUCAAACGCUGGUUGUUUCGCAGCCGGACAUUACAGUUACAUAAACAUGAACCUAAAGGUCUGGACACACCGGGAGUUUUAAUGAAGUUUUGAAAUCAAAGGAUCUAUCUGAGGAGGCAAAUUUAAUCUGUCCUGUGCAGCAUUGGUUAACUUUGAUGGAGAGCUAGACUCCAAAGUAGAUGCAGUUUGCUAGCAGAUUGUUUAACAGGCAGCAGCACAUUAUAGCAAACUGAUUGCUGUUAAACUGACAGGGAGAGCAAACAACAGAGAGAAGUUGUUGAAAAGCUCUCAGAGCUAAUGUUGACUGAUUUGUG